GACCGGAUUUACUGGUGAGUCAGUAAACAACGGGAAGAAGAGCUGCAACAAAACACGGAACAACGUCACGGUAGCUUAGCUUAGCCUUACGCGCUAAAGCGUCCAUAACGACGUAUUCACUGCUGGCCAACAGUACGAAGAGACUCAACAUUAGAAACAGCGUGAGUUCGACAGAACAAUGUUCAGUCAGUACAAGCCGCUGCCUCAGAGAGACUCAGUGACGACUCCGGGUCUGUACGUGCACAGAGACACGCAGCGCAGCUCCCACAGAGGACUGUCAUACGACUACAUCCCCAAUGUGUCUGAAAACAACUUCACCGAUAACUCCCAAGGAUGGAUUUCCUGGACUUGCAACAUGAUUGUCAUCUUUCUCAUCUACAUCUGCACCUUUGUGACCUUCCCUAUCACAGGAUGGUUUGUACUGAAAACGGUGUCUAACUACCAGAGGAUGGUAGUGUUUCGUCUGGGGCGAGUUUGUCCUCCGAAGGGCCCUGGGAUUGUCCUCGUGCUGCCUCUCAUUGACCAGUGGCAGAAAGUUGACCUGCGUACCCGCGCUUUCAACAUCCCUCCUUGCAUGGUUACCACUCAAGAUGACGGUUUGUUGUCAGUGGGAGCAGACAUCCAGUUCAGGAUCUGGAACCCUGUCCUGUCAGUCGUAUCAGUCCAGGACCUGAAUGCCUCGACCAGGAUGACGGCGCAGAACGCUCUGACCCAAAGUCUGGCCAAGAAGACUGUGCGGGAGAUCCAGACCCAGAGGCUUAAACUGGGAGAAUAUCUUGGGAUGGACAUUAAUGAGAUGACUCAGCCCUGGGGGUUGGAGGUGGACAGGGUAGAGCUUACUAUAGGCUCUCUCCUGAAAGCCCCAGAAGAAAACCCCUCUGGAUCUGGAUCCCUCAUCAUUCCUCCAUCUGUGCCUGGACUGGAAGGCCUCACUGGCCCCAUCCAGCAGUUGGCCAUGCACUUUCUGAGCCGCACUGGGAGUUCACAUCCUCAACAAGAAGACGGCAUAACAUUUACAGAUGAGCUCAGCAAUGUCCCUCAGGCUGCUGUGUCCACUCCAAGUUGUGUUGAAGAGCUGCUCAGCCAGGUAAAGCUCCUGCUUUCUGAAACUUUGGUUUGCCGAGUUGGGGCCUGCUUCCAGUUUGACAUCAGCUCGGGAGAUGGACACCAUCGGACUUACGUUGUGGAUUUAAGCCAAGGCUGUGGUGCAGUUGGAGCAGGGUCCUUGUGCCGAGAGCCAGAUGUGACGCUGAGUAUGAGCGACAGAGACCUUUUGGCCAUGUUCCACGGCGAACUCCGACCAUAUGCUGCAUACACCAGUGGCAGACUUAAAAUCCAGGGAGACAUUACGACAGCCAUGAAGCUGGAGGAACUCAUUGAUCUACUGAAGAAUCAGAGAUCUUAGCAAAGCUUGCAUGUAUUUAUUAAAACUUAACUGUAAAAUAGAUGUUUUUCAUGUGUGCACUGAUUAUAUUUGUUUUAAAGUGAAUUUCUGUGA